GUUGGGAGCCUCCGCUGUGUGAAGCUGAGGGGCGGCGAGUGGAGCUCGGGCACCGGCAGUGACGGGAAAACGGUGUCCGGGCCCGGUUCUGGAGGCGCGCCGGGGCUCGGAAGCCUCAGACCAGACAAAGGCUUGCUUUGGGUCCCGGCGUUUCCCCGCUUCGGGUUUUUUUCGACCGGUGCGGACUUGUCCCCGCGCCUCAUCCUCGGCCUCGCGUGAACUGUCAAGCCGGGCACCCCUCAUUCAAAGCCGGCGGGGCGCGGGACCCACCUAUGUAUAGGCGGUGCUGGUGCCUUCCGACCACCCAUUGAGCCCCAUUUCCCCCAUGCUGGUGGCUUGGCCGCCCCCCUCGCCGUGAGGAGGAGGAGGAGGAAGAGCCGGAGGAGGAGGAGGAAGACCCCGACCCCUUCUAGCUGGGUCAGGGCGAAGGAGAAGGGGAAGCAGCUGAGCAGCAGUGGGGGGACUCUCCCCUCAGGCCCUGCCCAAGGGAGCCAUGUCGAACAGUGGUCGGAGUCCCCUGCCCACCCUCAAUGAGAGAGACACGGAGCAGCCGGCCUUGGGACAUCCGGAGUCCAAGCCCAACACAAAGUCCAACAUGCUACGAGGCCGCGGCCCAGUUACCUCCGCUGAUGAGCAGCCACACAUUGGGAACUACCGCUUGUUGAAGACGAUUGGGAAGGGCAACUUCGCCAAGGUCAAACUGGCACGGCAUGUCCUGACAGGGAAAGAGGUGGCUGUGAAAAUAAUUGAUAAGACGCAGCUGAACUCCUCCAGCUUACAGAAGCUCUUCCGGGAAGUGCGAAUAAUGAAGGUUUUGAAUCAUCCUAAUAUAGUUAAAUUAUUUGAAGUAAUAGAGACAGAGAAGACACUGUACCUCGUCAUGGAGUAUGCCAGUGGGGGUGAGGUGUUCGACUAUUUAGUAGCCCAUGGAAGAAUGAAAGAGAAAGAAGCACGGGCAAAAUUCCGACAGAUAGUUUCUGCUGUGCAGUACUGUCACCAAAAAUUCAUUGUACAUAGAGACUUGAAGGCAGAGAACCUGCUCUUAGAUGCCGACAUGAACAUUAAAAUUGCAGACUUCGGUUUCAGCAACGAGUUCACGUUUGGCAACAAGCUUGACACCUUCUGCGGGAGCCCCCCGUACGCUGCCCCUGAGCUUUUCCAGGGCAAGAAGUACGACGGCCCCGAGGUGGACGUCUGGAGCCUAGGGGUUAUCCUUUACACACUGGUCAGCGGCUCCCUGCCCUUCGAUGGGCAGAACCUCAAGGAGCUGCGAGAACGGGUCUUGAGGGGGAAGUACCGGAUCCCCUUCUACAUGUCCACGGACUGUGAGAACCUGCUGAAAAAAUUCCUCAUCCUCAACCCUAGCAAGAGAGGCACUUUAGAGCAAAUCAUGAAAGACCGCUGGAUGAAUGUGGGUCACGAGGACGAUGAACUGAAGCCUUACGUGGAGCCUCUGCCCGACUACAAGGAUCCCCGGCGGACAGGCGCGCUGACCGUCUCUCUCCUUUCCCUGUGUGUGCGUGCUCCCUUCCGUUGUCCUGCAGAGCUCAUGAUCUCCAUGGGAUAUACCCGGGAGGAAAUCCAGGACUCCUUAGUCAGCCAGAAGUAUAACGAAGUCAUGGCUACAUAUCUGCUGCUAGGAUACAAAAAUUCAGAGCUUGACAACGAUAGCAUUACCCUGAAGCCACGGACCCAACCCGAACUUGCCAAGAGCACCGCCCCCUCCCCGUCGCACAAGGUACAGCGCAGUGUAUCAGCCAACCCCAAGCAACGCCGCUUAAGCGACCAGGUACCCACCAUCCCAACAUCCUCCUCGUACUCCAAGAAAACACAGGCAGCCAAUGCAGAGAACAAGCGGCCCGAAGAGGAGCGGGAGGCUGGGCGCAACAAGGCCAGCAGCACGGUCAAAGUGCCUGCCAGCCCCCUGCCCAGCCUCGAGAGGAAGAAGAGCACCCCCACACCUUCCACAAACAGCGUCCUCUCAACCAGCACAAACCGGAGCCGCAACUCCCCCAUGCUGGACCGGGCCAGUUUGGGCCAGAACUCUAUCCAGAACGGCAAAGAUAGCCUAACCACUCCAGGCUCCAGGGCUUCUACCGCUUCAGCUUCCGCCGCCGUGAGCUCUGCGCGCCCGCGACAGCACCAGAAAUCCAUGUCUGCCUCGGUGCACCCCUCCAAGCCCGCGCUGCCCCCCUCCGACAAUAACUGUGAGGCGCAGCGACCCAGCACUGCACCCCAGAGGGUCCCCGUCGCCUCUCCCUCGGCCCACAACAUCAGCAGUGCCCUCCCGGAGCGCACCAACUUCCCGCGGGGCGUCUCCAGCCGCAGCACUUUCCAUGCCGGGCAGCUCCGGCAGGUCCGGGACCAGCAGAACCUCCCCUACGGCCUCACGCCCGCGUCGCCCUCCGGGAACAGCCAAGGCAGGAGGGGGGCCUCAGGGAGCAUCUUCAGCAAGUUCACCUCCAAGUUCGUGCGCAGAAAUCUGUCUUUCAGGUUUGCCAGAAGGAACCUGCAUGAGCCCGAAAGCAAAGACCGUGUGGAGACGCUCAGGCCUCACAUGGUGGGCAGCAGCGGCGACAAGGAGCGGGACGAGAACCGGGAGGCCAAGCCGCGCUCGCUGCGCUUCACCUGGAGCAUGAAGACGACGAGCUCCAUGGAGCCCAACGAGAUGAUGAAGGAGAUCCGGAAAGUGCUGGACGCUAACAACUGCCAGUGCGAGCUGCAGGAGAAGUACAUGCUUCUGUGCAUGCACGGAGCGCCGGGCCACGAGGCCUUUGUCCAGUGGGAGAUGGAGGUGUGCAAGCUCCCCCGCCUCUCCCUCAACGGUGUCCGCUUCAAGCGGAUAUCGGGCACCUCCAUGGCCUUCAAGAACAUUGCCUCAAAAAUCGCCAACGAACUGAAGCUUUAACAGGCCCCCCGGGGGGGCCCAGCCUGCACGCGCAUGGGGUGGGGGUUAGGAGUAAAAAGCUGCAAUUUUAACUCUGGAAGGGUUUAUUUUUCGAUACCCUGGUGCAGGACGGAGAUUGGGGGGCAGGGAAAGGGGGCGGCAGCUGGAUGUUUGGGGACAUCCCCCCUCUCCAUCACUCCCCCCCCCCUGCUGCUGGAUCGCCAUGGAGACAGAGUGCGUGGGGUAGUGGCUGGCAGCCACCCAGCCCGUCUCCGUGGCAACAGUAGUGGGAGCGUACCAAGGGCUGUUGGUCUCUAUAGUGACUGUGUUGGGGGGCAUCCCUUUUGGUCUCCGUGGCGACCAUGGUACUUUCCUUUUAUUUCUUUUUUUUGUUGUUGCACAUGAGACAGGGUUUUAAAUUUUUACCAAACGCAGCAAAAAGCAAAGAUGGGGAGAUAAGUGGACACCCCGCCCCCUCAACUGCCAGAGCUCGCCCUCCCCCACAAUGCCUUUUACCUCCCACAAUGCCUUUCACUCGCACCCUCCUCUCCCGCUCCUUGUGUUGGUGGUGGGCUUUCAGCUGCCGAGCGUGUGCUUGCUCAUGCCCUGGGAGAGUUGGGCUUUCCUAAGGGCAUAAUGGUGCCAGUGGUUCUCCCUCUGGGUUUCCCCCGUCAGGCCAGUGAUGGAUGGUGGUGGGUUUGGACGGUUCUGCGGUCGCCCUCUCCUCACCUUCCUACUCUCGGCCAGUUCUGUUCCCAGAGAUCACGGCCUGUUUUUGGCAAGGCCGUUGGAAGGAGCACUGUCCUCCAAUGUGCUCUUCUUCUGGCAGGGGUCCUGAGACCCCCUAUUAAAAGAGUGGGGUGGAGAUUCUAGCCAUGCAUAUGGUUGUCUCCCACCUUGGAAGAGUAAAGGGUGGGGAGUGUCCCAAGCCACAGCAGUCCGUUUCUUCACCUCUGACCACCUCCCUCCCCAGCAAUUCUCUUCCCUGCAAGCUCCAGGAGCAACAGCAUAAAGCUAGCAAGGGCUUCUGGGAGCAGAGCAUUCCUUUGUUCAGCCCGAGCCAGUUUCUUUUAUGGGCUUUUGACAGCUUGCACAGCAUCAUGGUUAGAACUGCUGCCCAAUCAGUCUUGCUGGUGCCUUGCUUGUUGGUUCUGAUCCCAAGCCUCCACCCCCCCUCUUCUCCAGCACUUCCAGGCUAAGAUAACUUUCAGUAUGUUUCUUCCUGACCCAGGAUGCUCUGGAACACACCAGACCUUGGCCACCAACUUUGCACACGUGUUCAUACUUGGCUUCUUUUCCUCUGUGCCCAAGAGUGGCUUUGGCUGUUAUUAAAGCAAGUGGCACCAUCUACCUGUGGGGAGAGUUGCCUGAAGCGUCAUUAGCUGGGGGAACAGCUAUUUUUGCCCCAGUCUUUCCAUUACGGAAGACGACAUACACAGGUCAUGAUGUUUGGGGGCAAGAGGAAGAGCUUUGUGGUGGGGUAUGUAGGUGGGGGGCUCUGUUAACACUCUCCCUGCCCAGGUAGUGGUUGCAGCAGUGGCCACCAGUAUCUUACCAGUAUGGUGGAAGAUAAGGGGAGCUCCCCCUCCCAUUUACCUCCUUCCCUGCAUCUACAAAAGCAGGAUAGCACAGCCUGCCCUUCCUUCCCAUUUGACAAGCCAGCUUUUCCCCUCCUCUUUCCAAAGCACAAGAGAAAAAUGGGACCCUGGCUGCAAUUACCUCUCUUGUUCCUCCCUCCCCUUCACCCCACCACCCCUCAAGAUGGGUUUCUUCCAUUGUCAUAUCACCACUUGAGAAUGUAUUUUCAAUCCUCUUUGGGGUGGUUGGGCUCCCCACCCUGGCAGUCUGUACUGAGCUCCUUCAACCCCACCACUGUCACACACACACACACACAAAUCUGGUUUGUAUAUAACUGUACUGAUACCUCGGUUUUGUGAGUGGUUACUUUUUUUUUUUAAUUCUGAUCACAAAAUGCCUUUUUUAAAAAAAAAGAAAAAAUCAUGUCCCUUUUUUGUUCAUCCCCCUCCCCCCCUCUAGGGACGCUGCCGUUUGAUGUAGUUUUACAGGUUCUAGAUUAAAACUUUCCAGAAAGUA